AUGGAUGACCAAAAUGCCGGAAUGGCGGACGAGAGCGAUUUAGAAGCAUCUCAUCGAGAAGAGAGUCUCGGAGUUGAGUUUCCAAGGAAGGAAGGCCGUCUUCCAGCAGCUAUCCUGCAUGUGAUUGCGAUCGAGAGGAAGAGAGCUACCAAAGUUUACAGGAGAGGGUUGAACCACGCUUCUGUCCGAGUCUUCAGGCUGAAGGCAUGCUCGCGAGCAUUCUUUGAGUGGAAAGUUCUCGUAUUCAUGAAGAAAAGUAUGGCGGCGCUCCCGGCUCAGGGACCGGAUCUCUACCACAUUUCUCAUCAGAUUUUCAGUCUGGUUGCAGACGCUCAAAGUAUUCUGUCCGGGUUCGCUGAAGGCAUACACAAAGAAUCCUCUCUUGUUGAGAACUCACUCUCCAGCUCUUAUGAUCGGACCAUGUACUUUCAAGUGAACACACCAGACAUGCAUUCAAGCAUGAGCAAGAAUGAGUCUUUGUUGGGAGGUAUCCAUAGAACCUUCGACCCCAUAGUGCGGAAGGAGAUCUCAGAAGAGAACUCGCAGCCCUUGCUUGAUGAUCUCCACGAAGAUUUCUUCACGCGUGAUGUCAAGGGAUACCAUCCCAAUCAAAGCAACAGGAGCAUUUCUCAGAUGGACAUGCAUUGCAUCGAGGGAGAUCUUAUGUACAUCAUAUUUCAGCUGACGGAUUGUAAGGACCUUGUGAAAUUUGUGACCGAAAGUAUUUCAUUCUGUCACUCUGCUGACCUGCACGAGAAUGAUCUGAGGCAUCAAGUUGUUCAAAGAAAGGAUGAAAAGACAUAUUUCUCUCUUGCAACUCCUCCGAAUUUGAGCCAUAUCCAGGGUUCACUUCAUCCUGAUAAUGCAGUUCUCAGUGAUGAUAAGACAAUAUCAAGGACAGCCCAGGAUUUCGACAGGACCCAAACCGAUGUCGAUCAAAUGACCGAAAGUCAAUUCAGAUUCUUCAUGACUGAGAUUGAACGCAAGGAUAGGGAAAUAAUAGGGCUUCAGAAUAAUUUGAGAGCGAAAGAAGACAGGAUAAGAUUGUUAAAUGAAGAGAUUCAGAGGACAAAGGAAGUCAUGAAUGGGAAGAAUGUCUUCUUUACAAAAAAGCUUGAAGCCAUGAAACUGGAAAUUUCCAAGCAAGCCGAAAAACUGAUGCAAAAGUAUGAGGAAAUAGAAGUUUUCAAUCAAGCUCUGAAAGCAGAAGAGAACAAUUCAAGGUCUAUACAAAGUAUGCUAGAGGAAGCUUUACAAAAUACAGCGAAUCUUGAAAGAAAAAUGAAGGAAGACAACGCAAAAGCUUCGAAAGCUGUACAAGAUCUCAAUAGUAGGUUGGAAGAAGAAAAGAGGAAGGUGAGGGAAAUGAUGUCCAAUCUCAUAGUAGAGCGCGAAGUGAGUUUUCGAAGCAUCAUGCUCUGUAGAAAGGCUGCUGAGGAAAUAUCGCUGCUCAUGGGGGAGCUCAUGGACGUGGACAAUCUCUGCUGUAAUAUCAAGCGGGAGAUCUCAAAGGACCAAGAGAAACUGGAGGUGUUGAGUGACGUGUCCGGAUCAGUCUUCGAACAACUCGAGAGACUUGAAUGGUCGAUGGAUAAGUUCUCCACUAGAAUCAGCGGUAUGCGAUCAAGAGAAAAAAUGAAGGACUUGGAAAGAGGAUCAUUGAAGCUUCGAAUUGAUCACCAAUUGGCCUCGCUGCAUGAGAAAGAUUCACAAAUAAUGGCUUUGUUACAAGAUUUGAGCUCAAGCAAAGCUCAGAUAGAGAAGAUGAGUGUUGCAAAGGAAGAAGAGUUGGAAGGGUUAUGGAGAGCACAUCGCAGACUGGAAGACGAACAUACAGACUUGAGAAAUCGACUGGCUGGAGUGCAGAAGGAAAGAGAUGCGUUUCGAGACGACGUGCAACGUUUGCAAAGUGACAGACUGACAUUCGAGCAAGAGCUUGAAGAGAAAAACAGGAAAAUGAACCAACUUUCAUCAAUGAUUCGUGAUAAAUCAUCAAUCGAAGAUAGAGAAAGAACUUCAUUCGAGUAUAAACGCCGAAGUCUAGCAGAAGCGUGCUCUAAGCUACAAAGAAAUAGCAAUGAAGCAGUGCGAAGAUCAAAACAACUGGAGUUUCAAAACGCAGUGCUGGAAACUGCUAUUAAAACGUCUACUAGAGACUGGGGUUCAGAAUCAGUUGUUAUUCUCAUGCAUAUUCCAAAGGCGAACAAUCUAAGCUCGUACGAUGGGAUAUCUCACAUCAAGAAGAGGAUCGAAUCGAUUCUGUAUGAAUUCUUGCCGGCAAGACCAGAAAGCUUCAAGAUAUCAGAAUUCGCCUGGGACAGCCACACGCCUACAGACGAAAUCCCUCUAGUCGAAUCUAGAUUUCAUGACCUUGUGAUGCUGAAGCUAUCUGUUACUUCUAUGCAGUCUUCUGUCGAAUCUAAAUUCUUCACAGAUGAUUUUAAAAACAGGUUUCUGCAAAGUAUCAAAGUUCGAAAUAGCUCUCUUCAUCAAGCUUUCAGAAACAAUCGGAUGAGACUGAUUGGUUGCUUCCUGCAAGUCAACGGCUUGGACUACGGCUUCAAGUUCUCGAGCAUUCUUGAAAGAAUAGCGAUAAGCCACGAUCUAGGCUUGGCCAUCUUCCUGACCGAGAGCGGGUCUUACUCUGUCUCGUACAUUCGAGAGGACAGCGUCGCAGGUUCGUACGGAAGCAUCCAAGUCAGCGACACUGUGGUGGCGAUUGACGGGGUUUCGUUACGUGGGAAGCAUGUUGAUGCAGUGAAGAAGAUGAUGCAAGGAAAACCUGAAACGCCCUUAACGCUUGAGAUCCGGCGAGCUGGACAGGAGGAAGGGGAGAAGACGGAUUCGAUAGUGCUCCUACGACCGUCACCAGAGAAGCUCGUGCAGUCCGAAGACUCUGAAUUGAGGUCCAUACUGCAGCAAGAGAGCUGCAGCUGGAGCAUUUCCCAAGUGCAGGAGUGGACAGGAGUCAUGUAG